GAGAGAAAGAGUAUGCAGAAGGAAAGCCUAUAUUUCCCUAUCUAAUCCAUUCUCUGUCCUCUUCCAGAUAUGACUUUGCUCGAUGGGAUGCUCUAAACCUGUGUCUAAAGGAUAAGGACUGUCCUUUUCUCCCAAGCUCAGCCCCAGACUGUGGAACAUCAAGGAAGCUCACCUGGCCAGGGGCACAAUGUCCUGGUUCCCCGCCUGUGCUCUGCUGGUGCUGCUCCUGCAGGGAUCCCCAUCUGCUGCUCACCCCUGCCCCCCACAGUGUGUAUGCGAGACUCGCCCAUGGUUCACCCCACAGUCUGUCUACCAUGAGGCCCGCACAGUGGACUGCAAUGACCUUCUGCUGACCCACGUGCCAGCAAACCUCUCCUCAGACACCCAGGUCCUCCUGCUGCAGAGCAAUAAGAUAUCCCGGGUCAGUGGGGAGCUCCAGCACUUGUUCAACUUGACCGAGCUUGAUCUCUCACAGAACCACUUCUCCAGAAUCAGUGAUGCCGGGCUGGCCAACCUCUCCCACCUCAUCACUCUUUACUUGGAAGAGAACCAGGUGGAGGAGCUGCCUGACCACUGCUUGGGUGACCUCACAGCCCUUGAGGAACUUUACAUCAACCACAAUCGCAUCUCCACCAUCGAGCCCCUGGCAUUUGCUGGCUUGGCCAGCCUGCUUCGAUUGCACCUCAAUGCCAAUCGUCUCCAUGCCAUUGACCACCACUGGUUCCUCUCCCUCCCCAAUCUGGAGAUCCUCAUGAUUGGAGAGAACCCCAUCUCCCAGUUGGCAGGUGGGAGCUUCCGGCCACUGGGAAGGCUUCACAGCCUCGUAUUGGCUGGGAUGGAGCUGAGUGAAGCACCCUCUGAUGCUUUCCAAGGCCUGGACUACCUGGAGAGUUUGUCUUUUUAUGAUAACCACCUUCCACGUGUCCCCACCAAGGCACUGAAGGGCCUGCCUCUCUUGAAAUUCUUGGAUCUCAACAAGAACCCCAUCACAGAGGUUUGGAGAGGCGAUUUCAGGGACAUGCUGCACCUGGAGGAGCUGAGCCUCAACGGCAUGGAGGAACUCACCAGCAUCCACAAAGGUGCCUUUGAGAACCUUCCAGAAUUGGCCAAGCUUGAGCUGUGCAACAACCCUCGUCUCUCCUAUCUGCACCCAGGUGCCUUCCAGGGGGUGCCGGUUCUCCAUACCUUGCUAGCUAGCAAUGCAGCCCUCAGUCUUCUUCCUGUAGGCCUGAUAGGUGCCUUACCAGCUUUGGCUGAACUCAGUCUCUAUGGAAACCCACUGCGGUGUGACUGCCAAGAGGCCUGGGAACCCUUAACCACAGGACACAUCCGGUUGAUUGAGUCCCAAAACACCCUCUGCACUGCACCCUCAGGAGCUGCUGGGCAAGAGCUCCAAGAAGCCCUGAAAGGUGCUAUGGACGGAGCCUGCUUGCCAGAAAUCUCCUCCUUGAAAUAUCCCCAAGAGCAGCUGGAAGUAUUGUCUGGCUCAACAGUGGCUCUGGAUUGCCCAGCCAGCUCAGAGCCACCACCACAAUUCCACUGGAUAUCGCCUUCCGGAGAAAAAGUGGCUGUGGGGUUAGGCAGGCUGCAUCUCAGGGUGGGGGGUGCCCUCGAGAUCCGCACAGCCAGCCCAGCAGACUCAGGGAUCUACACUUGCAUGGCUUGGAACAGACUGGGUUCGGCCACCCACACUGUGGCCCUCUCUGUCACUGAAGAAAGACCCGCCACCCCGGCCAGGCUGCUCGUCCUGGCCAAGAAGGUGCAGUCGCAUUUCGUGGUGGUGGAGUGGACAAUGUCCUUCACGGAGGGGCAGAAAAAUGAGCAGGGUGGCAACUCGGCCACAGCCCACCCGCCGCCUCCACUGUGGUCGUCAGCAACCAUGCGCAUCCACAACCCCCACCUAAGCUACACAGCACGGGUUCCUGUGGGCAUCCGGGAAUUCAACUUGACUCACUUGCAGCCUGCUACCCGCUAUGAGAUUUGCCUUACAGUCGUGUCCUCCAGCCCCAAGCCCUUGGCCGCUGCCGGCUCCACCGCUGCCCCGGCAUCCUCCACGAGUGCUUCCUUCUCCUCUGUGAGUUCUGCGGAGACCGUCGUAACAAGCACCGGUGCUUCUGCCCCUUCUCUGGGCUCCUUGGCAACCUCCAAAGAUCCCUCGACAGGCGCUGUGGGCCGCGUAGCAACCGCGCUGUCUUUGGCGCCCCCUGCAGGGCCUUCAGCAACCUCUGCCACGUCCGCGCCCGCCCUGCCGUUGCCCCGCACGCAGCGCUCCUGCCUCAACGUCACCACCAAAGAGGCCUCGCUGUCCGUGGAGCUGAUGGGCGGCUGGGCCGGAGGGGCAGCGCUGGCCGCCGUCACCGGCUCCUUGCUCGCCGCCCUGAGCGCCGUGCUGCUGCUCCUCUGCGCCUCGCGGCGGCUCAAGGAGAAAGGCUGCCGCCACUCGCUCAAGAAGUACAUGCAGCACGCGGCCGCCAUUCCUCUCAACGAGGUCUACCCCCCGCUGAUCAGCCUGUGGGACGCCGAGGGGGAGCCGCCCCUGCCCAUGGCCCCCCUUGCCCAGUUGGCCCCGCCCACACCGGAUCCUCGGCCUCCCCCCGCCGCGGGAGGGCGCGCGCUCCUGCUGCCCCCCCCUCCCGGCCAGAUUGACACUUCCAAGACCUACCUGUGGCGGCAGCCGUGA